AUGACGGUGGGCGUAGCAGCGCAGAUCAAACGUUUCGAACAACUUUCCGAGGGCUCCCUGGAGGCCUUGAAGACGGCCACGCUGGAGCGAGCGAAGAAGCGGAGGCAGAAAGAAAUUCUGGAGCAUUUGCGGAGCCAGGUAGAGGCCGCCCGCCAGCAGGUAGCAGACACUGCCAACAAGCAGACCAACGAGAAAGACGACAGCGCCUGGCAAGAGCAAGAGCGCAAGGCCAAGGAAGCGGAGAGACGCAUCCGCGAAAUCGCUCGCCGCGCCCGCGAAGAGCACCGACGGGCGUCAACGCACUCGUCACCAGCACACGCCAUCAAUCGCAACCUGAACGGCCUCACGCACAACACCGUCGUUAAGAACACCCUCAUCAAGAACGGCAUGAACGGCGUGAACGGCCAUCACUCCAGUGUCGGCGGAGAUAUUAAUGGAAAUAUCAGGGCGAUUCAAGAAGACGUUAGUAACAACAACAAUCAUAACAAGAGCAUCGGCAGCAGCAGCAGCAACACAGCAGUGAGCAAGGGCAGUCCGUUCGGCGGCUGCGUCCGUCAGAGGAUCCGGCCCCCGAAGCCCCCGUCCCGCGGCGCCAUCGUCGCUUGGUUCCGCGAGGAGGAGCUGCCCCGGGGAGCCGGCCUGGAGCCCUCGCGCACUCGCGUCGCUCCCUGGUUCCAUGGUAUCAUAAGCAGAAUAGAAGCAGAGGAAGUGCUAGCAGGAUCUGAAGUAGGUCGUUUCCUGGUACGAGUAAGUGAACGGAUAUGGGGGUAUGCCAUUUCCUACCGCGCCGCCGAUAGGUGCCGCCAUUACCUGAUUGAUGUGACUGGUGGAAAGUACACGUUCUUCGGCUCGCACCAAGCAUCCCACGAUACCCUUGGCGAUCUCAUCGAGUACCACAAGAAGGAAGCCAUAACAACCUCAGGCGGAGAGCUCCUGACUCGUCCGUGCGGGCAAUCGAAUCCUAGGAAACCCGACUACCUCGAACUGUUCACCGGCACCCAGUACCUGGCACUUUAAUACGUUCAGAUUCACUUCCUUCUGUUCAUCAAACAUUUCAUUUCAUAUAUAUAUAUAUAUAUAUAUAUAUAUAUAUAUAUAUAUAUAUAUAUAUAUAUAUAUAUAUAUAUAUAAGUAUAUUUCAGUUUUGAAGCACUUCGUAUCAGAUAAAUGCAAAAAAAAAAAGGCAUCUAAUGCACUGUGUAUUUCUUUGUAGACCUGUGCAGUUGUAGAACCUAAAUUAUGUAGAAGUAAUUAAGGAAUUUAUAACUGUUGCAUGAGAAAGAGGGAGGGAGAGAGAGAAGAGAAGUCACUGCUAGUCUUGCUGUGCAGAGAUUCUGCUUGCACUGUGAAUUGAUUGAUAUGUCACUUAUCAUACAAAUGGUGCCAUCUGAUAAUUAGCCUUAGCAAUGGCAUCAAUUUUUCUUAUAUUUUGUGUGCAAGCAAUUGCCUUGUAUAUCACUGCAGGCUCGUUAGAGAAUUAUGAUGGCCAAUAUUAAGUGAAGUACUUGUCUGUAUUUUAAAACUAUAUAAUAGUUGGGUUGUUGAGGUAGAUAAUACCUUGUAGCAACCAGUAGAAAACACAUUUCAGCUAUCAAGCAGGUUCAUUUAAAAAUAGUGGACCACUGUAGAAUGUCAAAUAAUUCUUUAUUAUCUUGAUCCCUGUGCUAUGAAUGUUAUUAUUAGUUUUGUGAUAUAGAUGUAUGUGUAUCAUUUAUUAAAAAGAAAUGUAUAUAAUGCCCAUUAAAGCAUCUACAAAUAAAA